UGUUUAUGGAGCUAAAACGCGAAAGUCAAGCUAGCUAACAGGAGGCCAAGGUUUGCUGACGUGAUAGCGCAAGCUAAAAACAAACUUGAAGCUGAAAGUCUCCCAAUCGAUUGCUAGUGUGCUAACUGCAGAGUAUCAGCAGACAAACCAAAAUGAGUCUGGAUAAAGCAAAGCUAUGCGAUUCGUUACUAAAUUGGCUACAGACAUUUCAGGUGCCCUCAUGCACCAGCAAGCAGGACCUGACAAGCGGAGUGGCUAUUGCACACGUUUUACACAGGAUAGACCCCUCCUGGUUUAAUGAGGCAUGGCUGGGCAGGAUCAAGGAGGAGAGUGGGGCCAACUGGCGCCUCAAGGUCAGCAACCUGAAGAAGAUUCUUCAGAGCAUGCUUGAGUACUACCAUGAUGUGCUUGGCCACCAGGUAGCAGACAAGCACCUGCCAGACAUCAAUCUGAUUGGGGAGUUUGGAGAUGUGACUGAUCUUGGCAAGCUGGUUCAGCUGGUGCUUGGCUGUGCUGUCAGCUGUGAGAAGAAGCAAGAGCAAAUCCAGCAGAUUAUGACCCUGGAGGAGUCCGUCCAGCACGUCGUCAUGACAGCCAUACAGGAGCUCCUAGCUAAAGAGCCAACUGUUCCAGGAAGUCCUGAGACCUAUGGGGACUUUGACUACCAGUCCAGGAAGUAUUAUUUUCUCAGCGAGGAGGUGGAAGCGAAGGAGGAUCUGGGCCAGCGCUGUCGGGACCUGGAGCACCAGUUGGCAGCCGUCCUGGAGGAGAAGUCUUCCCUGCAGGUGGAGACACAUUCCCUUAGGGAGAAGCUCAGCCGCUGUGAGCCACAGGACGCUUCCACCACCAUCACUGGCAAGAAGCUGCUGCUGCUACAGAGCCAGAUGGAGCAGCUACAGGAGGAGAACUACAGACUAGAGAACAGCCGAGAUGACAUGCGUGUGCGAGGGGAGAUUCUGGAGCGUGAGGUUUUGGACAUCACUCACCGCAACGAGGAGCUGACCAGCCUCGCCCAGGAGGCCCAGACCCUCAAAGAUGAGAUGGACAUCCUCCGGCACUCGUCUGACCGGGUGAGCCGGCUGGAGGCACUGGUGGAGAUGUACAAGCGUAAGCUGGAGGACCUGGGGGACCUGCGCAGACAGGUGCGUCUGCUGGAGGAGCGCAACACUGUCUACAUGCAGCGCACAUGCGAGCUGGAGGAGGAGCUACGCAGGGCCAACUCAGUCCGCACCCAGCUGGACACAUACAAGAGACAGGUCCAUGAGCUUCACACCAAGCAUUCGUCAGAGGCACUGAAGGCUGAGAAGUGGCAGUUUGAGUACAAUAACCUUCACGACAAGUAUGAUGCCCUGCUCAAGGAGAAAGAGCGUUUGAUCUCAGAGCGAGACACACUGCGGGAAACCAAUGAUGAGCUCAGGUGUGCACAGGUCCAACAGAAGGGCCUCAAUCAACCAGGUGGAUUAUGUGAGGACUCUGGCACAUUGGGAAACCUGGCCUCUGAGAUGAUGCCCACAGAGUUCAAGGAGACAGUGGUGCGCCUGCAGAGUGAGAACAAGAUGCUGUGUGUCCAGGAGGAGAGCUACAGACAGAGACUGGUGGAGGUACAGGGUCAGCUGGAGGAGUCUCAACGCAGCCAGAACACCCUGGAGACACAAAACAGGUUGAACCAGCAGCAGAUCUCUGAGCUGCGGUCCCAGGUGGAGGAUCUCCAGAAGGCUCUUCAGGAGCAGGGCAGCAAGGCUGAGGAUGCCAUCUCCUCCUUACUGAAGAAGAAGCUUGAGGAGCACCUGGAGAAGCUCCAUGAGGCCCACUCAGACCUGCAGAAGAAGAGAGAGGUCAUUGAUGACCUGGAGCCCAAAGCGGACGGCAACAUGGCGAAGAAGAUCGAUGAGCUGCAGGAGAUCCUGAAGAAGAAGGAUGAGGACAUGAAGCUGAUGGAGGACCGCUACAAGCGCUAUGUGGAGAAGGCCAGGACGGUGAUCAAGACUCUGGACCCCAAGCAGCUGCCUCUGACUGUGUCCCCUGACCUCCAGGCCCUCAAGAACCAGUUGACUGAGAGAGACAGGAAGAUCCAGCACCUGGAGCAUGACUAUGAGAAGAGCAGGUCCAGUCAUGACCAGGAGGAGAAACUCAUCAUAAGUGCCUGGUACAACAUGGGUAUGGCCCUGCAUCAGAAGGUGGUGGGGGAGCGGUCGGGUCCGUCCAACCAGGCCCAGUCCUUUCUGGCCCAGCAGAGGCAGUCCACCCACGCCAGGAGAGGCCUCGCAGCCCGCCACCAGCCCAGAUAAGACAUAUCCACCCUGGGGGAGGAUGUGCUGAGGAGAGUGGAGAUGAGGAAUGUAAAGGAGGCAAGACAUUGUCUAUAUCUGAGUGUUCAUUUCUUCCACACUCCUACUCACUGCUCUGAUGCCUUGACGUCUCCUCUGGGUGUUUUGUGAAGAUUGCUGCUGCUGCCCCCUGCUGGUCAUUCCUGGUACAGGAUCUUCUGGAGCAUCAGCGAUGCAGAGCUACUUACUUACUGCACCUUCAAGUGCAUUCAAAGCUGUUAGGACUCAUUUGAACAAAGAUGAGAGAAAUGGGUCUAAAUGAGAGCUGGAAUGAAGGAACAUGAAGUGGAUAGAAAGAAGCUGAGCAACUAAUCCUUUGUCAUAGAUUUCUUAGACAAUGUUUUUAGCUAUAAUGUAUUAUGUUUUCUAAAGGUUUAGAUUAGGACAUUAUGAGAAUCAAUGCUUUGGAAGGCCACAGUGAUGACGAAGAUGGAAAGGGAUGAUUUAUGCUGUCAAUAGGGUAGGGGUCUUUACCUUCCCCUCCUACUACUUUUAUAUAUUUUCACCCUUAUUGUCCGGUCCACUGUCAGGCUAAAUAGAUAUUAUCCUCUUACUGCGACUAUGACAUGGAAACACUAAUAAGAGAUGCCUAUGAGUUGAGAUCAUGGUGAAUUUGUACUAUUUGUAUUCAUUUGUGCCCAAGUCAUUUGGAGAUUGUGGCUUGUGCUGUGUCUCCUGACAAUUUUAAAUGUACAUGGUGAGAGAGACUGGUGAAUCUGGAUAAUUUUUUUUGGGGUGGGGGGGGCGGUGCGGUGAACUCAAUAUACUUUUAAAUGACUAAAACCAAAUUCGAAACUGUAGAAAUGAUAAUGGACCUACGUUCAUAUAGUUUCUUGACUGUGUCCAGCUCGCUAAUAAUCACCGAAAUGAAAGCUAGACAGUCGGGGAGCAUCAAAUUCCAAAAACAAUGGAUGGAGGACAAUUUUUUUGCACAUUUUGAUGGCGAGGAAAUGUUGUUGAAGACCGACUGCGUCUCUGGGGAAAAAUGAGUUUGUCACCCCUGAUCUAGAAGAGCUCAAUACCUCUACGAUAUAAAGGAACACAUUUUCUCUGCACACAUAGUCAUGACCUCUUUUUAUUUCUGUGAAUGGGUUUAGACUUUUCUUUCAUGCUGUAUCAUCUACUUGAUUUGAAGAGCAGGAAGAAUAGCUUUCUAGACAUUUAUUUUUGUUUUGUUCAAAAUUAACCUCAGCAUUUUAUGUAGUUGUGUUAGUCUGUAUAAUAAUGUGCAGCAAGGGUACACAGUGUACAUAACAUCACUUUUCCUCCCUUUUGAUAAUGGUUCAGUUCAUUGCCUCGUGAGAAACUAGAAAAAUGUCCCUGAAUCUGUUAGGGUAACUACUUUUAAAGACUGCACUUUUGUAUCAAAUUCCUGCUAGGAGAGUUAUGAUGUUCACAUGUAAUGGCAGAAGUUCUGAAAGACUAGCAGAUAUGGUCCUCUUUUAUGUCAUGACCAUUUUACUGGAAGUAUUCGCACAGACUAUUGAACAAGCUUUUGUUUCAAGCUGUAAUAUGGGAAUUUAAUCUUUGAAUGAUUGACUAGAUUUUCUGAUGGACUACAUUUUGUGUAUUUUUUACUUUUAAUUUAUCCCCUCUAAAGAGUGAAACUGGGUGUUUUAAAAAUAUAAUUGAUUGCACACACCACUUUAGACUGAUGUGAAUGUAGGAAACGCUGGUGCUUGUGAGAACCAGAAUGUGGGGUUAUUGAUUCCCAUUUAAUUGAUAUGCGUGGGCAAACUGGCCUCACUGGAUGUUGUCAUUGUGUAAUCCUGUAGGAAAAUAAGGUUUCAAGCUAGCAAUGGUAUGUAGCUUUUCUCUCAUUCUCAGCAGAAGCACUCAACUAUAGAUGCUUCUGUUCACUGACACUGGAACUUAACUAGCUAAUGAACAGACAAUGUGUACUCUUUAAUGUCAUCAUUUUUUACAACUGACUAUGUUAAUUUUUACCUGACAUUGUCUCAAGAUGAACCUGUGAAGGACAGCACUAUUGUUGAACACUACAUCUAUCUGAUUACUUUGACAGUAUCCGCUUAAACAUGUAACUUCUCUUUGGUACCCAAUCGGUCUCAUAUCAGAGAAACUGCUCUCUGACUUGUACCUAACCUUCUAAGUGUGUAACUACCUGUGCAAUGUUAUUUACCAGGCUAUAAAACCACGACUGUGUGUACAUUUAA